AAUGCUCUGACCCCCUCAUGCCUCUGUGUUUUUUCCAUGUUUUCCGAGUGUAACCUGCUUUUGUUUCUUUGCCCUCCCCUCUCUUGUAGAUCUGAUAGUACUCGAAAACUGGAAAUGAGCGAGUUACUGACUGAAAUAAGGCGGGAGGUUUCUUUCGAGGGCUACUCUUCCUUGUUCAGUAUCUCGUGCAUUUAUUCUAGUGAGUUACAUACUUGCUUACUUCAGUUUGUCGAAUAUCAUGAUGGGAUUGCACGACAGGUAAUUAUUACCUCUAGGUGUCCCAUUUCUUUCAUCUCAAGCACAUUUCUCUUUGCUUCAAAGCUUGACAAGUCUGAUCUUUGUGAUUCAUUGUAGUUUAAUUUCGUUCUUUCUGCUUGAAAACUUAUUUCGUCGUCUGAUGAUGUAGUUGUGGUCUUCUACCUAGUACCACACUAGCACUCUAACACAGCCUUCGCGGG